CAGUGCAGCGGGGCAUUUGCCAAGUCUUACAUCUUCCACCCAAAUCAUGCAGCACCAGGAGCCUUGGGAAGUGAAAACACAAUGCCUUAAGGAAACCUCAUGUAAGGCAUUGCAGUUGCUUUGGAAAUUAUCAUAUCAUAUCAUCAUUAUUGUUUAUUUUAAUUUCUAUUUGAAUAUUUUAAUUGUAUUUGUUUAGUUUUUAUGUUUUUUUAAUGUUUUUUUUUUUCUCAUGAGAGAGAGAGAGAGACUGUAAUAAUGUAUGCUGGAGGGGGCGGAGCAUAUAGUGCCCUUUUGUUGAUGAUGCUGCAAGAGACUGUACUCACUUCUGCCUGUGGGAUGCCGAGAGAGACUCUUUACCACAAACCUACAUCACAUAGAGCUAAUCAUUUCUGCAAAUGUAUUUUUAUAGGAACAUGGGAAUUUGGGAAUAUACUCUUUAUUUUACCACCACAACCUGCCUAUGGAGUGUGUCACUUCAGGGAGAGCAUCAGAGGAGACUCUACAGAGAUCCUGAUGAAAGACUAUAACCCACUGGAGAGACCUGUGUUUAAUGACACACAAUCACUCACUGUGUAUUUCACCUUCAGUCUCAUGCAGAUUAUGGAUGUGGAUGAGAAGAAUCAAGUACUUACAACCAACAUCUGGUUACAGCUGUACUGGUAUGACUACUAUCUUCAGUGGAACUCCUCUGAAUAUCCUGGAGUGACGAGUGUAAGAUUCCCUGACAGUCAGAUCUGGAAGCCUGACAUCUUACUUUAUAACAGUGCUGAUGAAAGGUUUGAUGCCACAUUUCAUACUAAUGUGCUGGUGAACUCCUCCGGUGCCUGCCAAUACCUUCCACCAGGGAUAUUCAAAAGCACCUGCCACAUCGAUGUUCGCUGGUUCCCCUUUGAUCUUCAGAGGUGUGAUUUGAAAUUUGGCUCCUGGACGUAUGGGGGAUGGUCUCUGGACCUGCAGAUGAUUGAUGCUGACAUCACAGGAUAUAUCGCUAAUGGAGAGUGGGACCUUGUGGAGGUUCCAGGUCGAAGGAAUGAGAGAUUCUAUGACUGCUGCAAGGAGCCGUACCCAGAUGUGACUUUCACUGUGGUGAUGCGGAGACGGACGCUAUACUACGGUCUUAAUCUGCUUAUUCCCUGUGUGCUCAUCUCUACUCUGGCUCUGCUCGUCUUCCUGUUGCCUGCUGACUCAGGCGAGAAGAUCUCUCUUGGGAUCACCGUCCUGCUCUCAUUGACAGUUUUCAUGCUUCUGGUAGCAGAGAUAAUGCCGGCGACAUCAGACUCUGUACCCUUAAUAGCUCAGUAUUUCGCCACCACCAUGGUGAUUGUUGGACUGUCUGUGAUAGCCACAGUCUGGGUAUUACAAUACCACUACCAUGAUCCUGAUGGAGGAAAAAUGCCAAAAUGGACCCGUGUGGUGCUGUUGAACUGGUGCGCCUGGUUCCUGCGGAUGAAGAGGCCCGGCGAGGACAGAGUUCGCUCAGCUUGUCACAAUAAGCAGCCGCGCAGCAGCUUCUCCAGCGUGGAUCUGAACAUCAGCACUGGAGCCGCACAGUCCACCAACGGAAACCUGCUGUACAUCGGCUUCCGUGGAAUGGACACUAUUCACUACGCCACUUCACCAGAUUCAGGGGUGAUCUGCAGCCGGCUCGUCGCCGCAGGUGAGGAGGAUGUGCUGCUCCCUGGGGCUCAGGCGUCUUCCGUUAGCAGCGGCCCUGGCGAAACUGACAUCUCCAAAAUCUUAGAUGAGGUUCGGUACAUUGCCAAACGCUUCCGGGACCAAGACGAGGAAGAGACUUUGUGUAACGAGUGGAAGUUUGCAGCAUCUGUUAUUGACCGUCUUUGUCUCAUGGCCUUUUCCCUGUUCACCAUUCUCUGCACCAUUGGUAUCUUAAUGUCUGCCCCGAACUUCGUAGAGGCCAUAUCUAAAGAUUUCUUCACCUGAGGCCUAGGCUCUAUUGCAGUUAUUUUUUACUUCUCAGAGCCUCUUAAGUGUGUAACAAUAUAUUUCUUUUAUAGAUUAACUCUCUAAAGUUUGACAUGAAGGAAAUGGUUCACCCAAAAGUGAAAAUUAACUGGUUGUAUUUGUAUGGGAAAAUUGUAUGGGAAAGAGCAGCAUGAACAUUCUGCUCAACAUCUCCUUAUAUAUUUCACGCAACAAAGAAAAGAAAAGGUGAUUAAUGAAAUGAUGAACUGUUCCUUCUAGACUGGUCUCAACAGAUGUUUUUAUGUGUUUGUGUAGUAGUGGCUCUAUAAAUUGACGUAUUAUUGUAGUGUGGACCAGAGACAAGACUGUAGCCUUAAAUGCACUUUAUAAAAGCUUAUUUUUUGUUUCUGGUUGUUAUAAGUUUAACUAUUUGCUUCACAAAAUCAACAUGCAUCUAUGAGUUUCUGUAUUGUUGUAUCUGCAUCAUGAUUCAUCUUUAGUAAUCACUGCUGUUUUUAUAUCUUCACGUACAUGUCAUUAUUCCAGUAUAGUAAUUACUGGUAAAUCAGUCCAUGUAUGUGAUGAUAUGAAGGUGGAGAUUUCUAAAUAUAUUUCUUUCAAAAUAUUGUACAGUAUAAUGACAAAUAAACAUAUUUUUGUAGGUUGAA